AUGUCCCAAAAAACAAAUAGCGACCUUCUGGAUUUCGGGCAGGAUAUCAAGCGAAUGUCGGCGGAUAAUAUCACGCCGCCGGAUACGGCUUCGAGACCUCGUGAAGAAUCCUCCACUACCACCACUACGGCCGCCGGAAAGCCCGCUAAUGAAUCGAAGACCACGGCUCGAAGUUCUGGGUCCUCCAAUAUAGACUCUGAAGAGGCUGCUGCUGCUGCUCGAUGGCGGAAGAAUAAGUCGGAUGGGAAGGACUAG